AUGCCGUAUGCUCAAGGUUCGUCGGUGCGCAAACUGUCGAAAAUCGCCACCCUCCUGCUGGCGAAAAACUACAUCCUUCUGUUGACGAAGCACAUUGAAGAACUGCGAGGCCAAUUGUCGCUUGUCAAACCUUCAUGGCCUGCGUCUGCUUCGGAAGGUGUGACAGGAGACGGUGUUGCGGUGAAUCUGUUCAAUCCACCAAUUGCCACCUUCAAUCCGCCCCGGUCGACGGCCUCUUGCGCUUUCUCGUCUUCGGACUCCUCAGGCUCAUCAGCCUCCUCCUCCUCCGCCUCCUCCUCUUCCUCCUCUUCCUCUUCUUCCUCCUUUUCUAACUCUCCACUCGCCAUUUCGCCGAAUCCCAUCUCCUUUUCCGCCAGCCUCACGGCUCCAGUGAGCCCUCUAGUCGGUCCGUCGCCGUCGCCCUCCGGCUCGAUUCGACCUGGUCCCUUGGGCUGGACGUCUGUAGCCUUGAAGCCGGCGUCGCCGUUGGCAACAGCAGAGCUGGCAGGUCAGGAGGUGAGUCCAACCGUGUCUGUCCUACCUGAUGAGGUGAACUCGCCUGACAGACGACUUCUCGAGGCGAGGAGUCAUGUAUCAGAUGAACCCGUCAACAUGACCCUCCGACCUUACAGUGUUGCCAUGGCGCCUGUUCAAGAGCCCGCUUUAUCGCCGCUCGUCUGGUCGCAUCCGUCGACCGAAAUUGGGAUGCCAGAACUUCCAGGUCUGGAGCUCAGGGCUGCUUCUUUCUGUCGACCACAGACCGAUCUUCCAGCCACUACGGCAGUCGAUCUCGGACGUCUACGACUAGAGACGACAGAGUCGUCCUUGAACGGCUCCACUUGUGCCAUGUUCUGCAACCCUCUCAAUCUGCCCUUCACCUUUCCCGGCAGUCUGGAAGGGUCGUCAUCUUUGCCAAUUCCAGCUUCGUAUUCGCAGUUUUGGCCUCAAUCGGAUGGGCUCACUUUGGCCCCCUUCAGAGGGUCAGAAAUAGACCAAUUCCAGACGCCUGACCGGCCGACUGCUUUGCCACCGAGGGUCGGGCAAGCAACCAAUUGCCUGGACGACGAUCAAGCGGCUUGGAGGCGGAUGAACACCCUUGGCCUGGCACAACAUUUGAGCACAAUCCUUAUGAUGCACCAACAGCAACAGCAACAGCAACAGUAA